CACUCACACACACACAUGCGGAAAGGGCAAAAGCAGAAAGAAGUGAACCCCGAGAACCAAACACUGAUUUACGGGAAUGGCAUGGCCAUCUACCUCACUCUCUCCUCCUCCUCUCUCAUCGCCACUGCUUUGGCUGUCUGUCUAAUCCUCCUCACUACCUUCAUCUUUCACAAAUCUCCAUUCUACACCUACCCUUCUCCACAUAUUCCUCACAGAUCCCUCCUCUCCCAACCCAUCUCUUGUUCUUCCCUCAAAACCAUCAACAACGAUGGCCUCCUCAAUUACCUUUCUCUUCAUUUCUGCUUCUUUGAACAAAACAAAUUUCUUUCUCUCCCCUCUCUUUGUCUCCUUAUCAUCCUCUUCUUCUACGUCCUCUCCAAGACUGCACAGUCCCACUUCUCCGUAGUCACUACCAGGCUCUCCUCCCUCCUCAAUCUCUCUCCCUCAAUGGCUGGGGUCACUCUCUUGGCCCUCGGAAAUGGGGCUCCCGAUGUCUUUGCCUCCCUCUCCGCUGUUCGGUCCGGGCAGUACCGAACUGGGUUCGGGGCCAUUUUGUCGGCAGGGGCGUUUGUGUCCGCUUUCGUUGUUGGGUUUGUGGCAAUUUAUUCCGCGCCAUUUCCGGUUGAUCCUGCGCCGUUCGUCAGGGAUGUGAUGUUCUAUAUGACUGCGGCUUUGUUUCUGUUCUAUGUGUACUUGAGUGGGGAGAUUUUUAUGUGGCAGGCUGUCGGUUUCGUUGGGUUCUAUGUGUUUUUUGUUGGAUUAGUGUUUUGGAUGGAUUUGGGGAUCGGUGGAGAGAAAGGAAAGCUUGAGAAGAAUAGGUAUUUGGCGGUAAAAUCUGAUCCCGAGAUUGGAGAGGGAGAAGUCGUUGAGACAGUGAAGGAGGAGGCCGGCUUUGGGUUUCGAAGUGUUUACGGGAAGAUAUCGAAAGUAUGGGAAUUUCCUGUCUCAUUUAUUUUGAAGCUCACAAUCCCAAGAACUGCACCUUCUGAAUGGAACAGAGUCUAUCUUUCAGUCAACAUUGCUCUUUGCCCUCUUGUCCUUUUAUAUGCUUGCAAUUCUUUUGCGCCUUUUGACCAUCCCAUUGUGUUUAUCCUUCCAAAUACCCAUUUGCCUCUUUGGCUUUUAGUACUCUUGGCAAGCUCCUCUCUUGCUAUUCUUCACUUUACUGUUGAAAAAGAACCCCCAAAAACUGAGCAAGUGUUUCCUGUGCUUGUAACAUUUGUGAUGAGCGUAUUUUGGAUAUCCACUGUUGCCGGGGAACUACUUAACUGCCUGGCAGCACUUGGGACACUGCUUGAACUGCCUCCGCAACUCCUUGGGCUAACAGUACUUGCAUGGGGAAACUCAGUGGGGGAUCUUGUUGCUGAUGUUGCAGUUGCAAAAGCAGGCCAACCUGCUAUGGCAAUGGCGGGGUGCUUUGCAUGCCCAAUGUUUAACAUGCUUGUUGGGCUAGGAACAGCUUUGGUGGUGCAAACUGCUAACAUUUACCCACAAGCAUAUGAGCUUCAUUUCCACAUUGGUAUAGUGAUUGCAUUUGUGUUCUUGCUCUUGAGCUUGAUGGGGUCUCUAUUGGUUAUAACUUGGUCUAGAUUCCGGGUACCUAGGUUUUGGGGGUAUUGCCUUGUUGGCCUGUAUAUCUUUUUUACAGCAGUUACUUUGAUCAUCGCCAAGUUUUCAGGGUGAUAGGUCCAAUCCACACCGAAUCAUUGGUUGAAUUCUCGCAAAUUUAUCAAGCUGCUUGAUUCCAAAACUCAGGAAGCUUCAGAUGCUUCAAGUUGGUUAUCAUAGACACCUGCAGCAAUUAUCAUCAGAAGGUGGCCAAACACGCAUUUUUGUUGAAGGAAACAGGUCACAGGGGUGAUUGGAUUAUUGGUCUUCAAUUUGAAGAUAGAUUAGCUUGAACUAUAGGUCACAUAUUCUUUCUUCAAAAUUCCUUUUUUUUUUUCCUUUCUAGUUCAUUUACUAAGAAGUUGGAUUUGAUUGCUUGGAUCAAAAUACUGCAAUUCAUAAGAAAAUAGUCUUUAUCAAAGUUUUUAAUGGUUUGAGAGCCUGUGACAAGUGAGAUUAGGAGACAUGGAUUGGUGGCCUC